GCCGACAGGACGAAUGCCCAACAUGAAGUUCGUCACCUAACAGGCCGCUUUCAGGGGGGUUCAAGUCACAGCAGCUGCCGAACAGGCUUCGUAGGGAGGCGCUGGCCACAGAAGAGGGAGUGUCGUUGGAAAAGACUUGAGGAUGCCCGAGGGUCCGAGCGGCGGCGGCAGCAGCAGCAGCGGGGCCAGUCACUCGGAGGGCCCAGGCCUCCAGUCGGGUGCGGGGAGGGAUGCAGGAUUAAGCUCCAAGGUGGCUCUGAGGAAAGAGAUCGGCCUAGUCAGCGCCUGCGCCAUUAUAAUCGGCAACAUCAUUGGAUCAGGGAUUUUUGUGAGUCCUAAGGGGGUCCUGGAGAAUGCUGGCUCAGUGGGUUUGUCCCUCAUUGUGUGGGUUACCACUGGAAUCAUCACAGCCAUCGGUGCUCUCUGCUAUGCGGAGUUGGGGGUGACCAUCCCCAAGUCGGGGGGAGACUACUCGUAUGUCAAUGACAUCUUUGGAGGACUGGCUGGGUUUCUGCGUCUGUGGACCGCAGUGCUGGUGAUCGCCCCCACUAACCAGGCUGUGAUUGCUCUCACCUUCUCAAACUACAUCCUGCAGCCCCUCUACCCCUCCUGCCUCCCCCCAGAGAGUGGCAUGCGCCUGCUGGCUGCUGUCUGCCUGCUGUUGCUGACGUGGGUGAACUGCUCCAGUGUGCGCUGGGCCAUGUACGUCCAAGAUAUCUUCACGAUUGGCAAGCUCUCGGCCUUAGGUCUCAUCAUAAUCCUGGGCGUCGUCCAAAUAUCCAAAGGUCACUAUUACUGGUUGGAGCCGGUUCACGCCUUUGAGACCUUACGAGAGUACGACACCGGUCAGAUGGCGCUGUCCUUCCUACAAGGCUCCUUUGCUUACGGAGGCUGGAACUUCCUCAACUACGUCACAGAGGAGCUGGUCGACCCGUACAGGAAUCUGCCACGUGCGAUCUUCAUCUCCAUCCCCCUGGUCACCUUCGUUUACGUGGCCACCAACGUGGCCUUCGUCACAGUCAUGAGCCCCCAGGAGCUGCUGGCCUCCAAUGCUGUGGCAGUGACAUUUGGAGAGAAAUUGCUAGGAGUGUUGUCGUGGAUCAUGCCCAUCUCUGUGGCGCUCUCCACCUUCGGGGGCGUCAAUGGCUCCCUCUUCACGUCGUCUCGGCUGUUUUUUGCCGGAGCAAGGGAAGGCCAUCUCCCCCGUCUGCUGGCCAUGAUUCACGUCACAAACUGCACUCCCAUCCCAGCCUUACUGUUCACUUUGAUCUCCACCCUGCUGAUGUUGUGCACCAGUGACAUUUACACCCUCAUAAACUACGUGGGCUUCAUCAACUACUUCUUCUAUGGCAUCACUGUCGCCGGGCAGAUUGUGCUGCGCUACAGAGCGCCCGACAUGCAUCGACCCAUCAAGGUGAGCCUGAUGUGGCCAAUGAUCUACCUUGUGUUCUGGGCCUUCCUGUUGGUCUUGUCCUUCUUCUCUGAUCCGGUCGUCUGCGGUACUGGUGUGGCUAUAUUGAUGACUGGUGUCCCAGUAUACUUCCUGGGAGUCUACUGGGAAAACAAGCCACAGUGUUGGGAUAUUACCAUUGGUAAAAUUACUCAUCUGUGCCAAAAGCUCUGUGUGGUGGUCUAUCCGGUCAUGGUGCAGAGCGUGGAGCCUCAAAACCACGAUGAUGAUGACGACGGCUGAUUGUCAGCGUUUGUUUAUCACAUGUUCAAUGUGUCACACUUUUGGCACAAAAUACAAAGGCACUUCGGGAAGACCCUCAAAGAUUAGCAUAUAUAUUCACUUGUUGUUUAACACUGGACUCUGUUGCUCUAUGGUGACCAGCCUUAAUUGCUCUCCACCAUUCCAGUAUGUGGUCCAGGAACAGAUGUUUGAGAUGAAAUGUCACUUAAUUUAAACUUAUGAAACACUGAAAUGAUGACGCACAGGUCUGUUCUGUUCACAUGUUGGAAUUGAGAACUUUGUCCUCUUGUCUGUCUGAGUCUGGAGAAAUAUUUUAAUAUGCAAGUUGUAUGUAUUGUUCAAGCUCUGUAUUUAUA